AAAGAGACAGAUGAUUAGGACGGAUCACUACAGCUCGAACGUCACUCUAGUAUCCAGUCAUAUGUGGACGAUGCCCUACAAGACCACAGGGACGACACUAUCUCUGGAUAGAUGGGCUGGCAAGGACUGGAGAAAUAAAGUCUACUAUCUGAAGGUUACCACUGCGGGGACGAUGAACGUUCAAGUUGAACGUCCGCAACCGCGCGACUGGCGUCAGCAGACUUCGCUCGCAUUCUCUGAGUCGGUGACUGCAACGAUCGAACAAUAUAGGGCCCCAAGUACAUGUGCUCCACGACGCAAAAGACACGAUUGAAACCAUGGAUUCAAAAGGAGACAUAUAACCUUUUGCAGGUUCAAAUAUCCUUUAAAUGAUCAUAUCAGACACGUUACUAGACCAAAUGCGAAACCUACGGGGAUACAGCGAUAUGAAGCAUGAUGGGAAGUGCUAUCA